AUGAUGGGCCCGAGCGAGCGAAAAAAUCUGCUCAAGAUGAUCCGCAGAGUGGCUCGAUACCGUGACGCCGCACGAUUUCUGUAUCGCACUGCCAAGAAAUAUCCCCUCAUUCGCAGCAUGAAGGUUGUUAUGGUCAGCUUACCUCGGAAUGCAUUUCGCCUGCUGUCUGUUGACUAUCAGCCGGAUUUUUUUGUCACCUGUACGAGGUUGCAAAUUGCACACGGGCGCCAGACCAGUGUUGCCCAAGUGGCACGUUUGCUUAAUCGAGACGGACAAACAGCGGAAGAGUCAUUCUCCCACCAGUGUUUCAAGUCUAUACGGGAGGGGAAAAUACACACGGAGAUACAGCUCGUGUAUUACCUCGAAACGCAUCGGCCUAAGCCGGCCCCGAGAGUCGUUGCUUCGAGCAAGAUGGCGUGCUUCCUCUGCAAUGUAUUCUUGUGUCAAGCCGCGAAGGUGUACACGAAGCGCUGCCACGGAAGACUGUACUUUGCCUGGAAGUUACCUGUGUUCCCUUCACGGUGCGGAUUGGAGCGCCUCUUCGUGCAAAGUCUGGAGGCUUACAUCCGCAAUAGUGCAGUUACACUGCUAUCGAAGCAGCGAAGAACUCUCUUUCCACAGCCCAGUGAAAGUACACUGUGGACGAUGGAUAUUUCCGCAACCACAUUAGGCACACUGCUCGGGCCAGGGGGAAUUGUGGAAGAAGAAUCGCUGAGGCUGGAGUCUAGCGUUGAUGCCAGCCGAGAACAGCCGACCACACAAGCAGGGAUUGGUUCAGAGCUUGAGCACCCGCUGGUUGGACAAACCGAAUCAAGCAUAGACAUCGCGCCCUUGGAUAAGUUGGAUCUACUUACAGUACGUCAGGGAAGCCUGACCACGCUCACUCUCGACGCCUCCACUAUUGCACCUGUCCAGGCAGGACCGGUUAUCAUUCAGCUUGAAUACACGGUGGGCAAGAACGGAGGUACAGGCGGCCAAACCACCUUUUCCGCAGAUGAUGGUGUUGCAGACUCAUCAUCCUCAGAAGAUCCCUCCGACGCUGUACAAUCCGAUGGAGAGAUAACCGAAAAGUUCACCACCGUAGAAGAGCCGCCGCCCCAACCAACGGAACCAGUAUCGGUGACGGGCUGGAAUUGGGGAGAGAAAGCCGUGGACGUACUGCCUCAGGACGACAUUUGGCCGAACAAAACUAAAAAGGCAGAGUGA